AACGAGAACUUUAUUUAUGGACAAAAGAGUUUUUUUUUAAAAAAAAAUAUUCCAUUUUAUUUAAUUUUUGACAAAUACACAUUAGACGACUUUGAGAGUGGGAAAAAAUGAUUAGAUUUUAGGUACACCGUAUCUUUGUUCUCCAAAGGAGGGGUAGUAGUAGUAGUUGUUAGGGUGUCAGUGCCCUCUAUUUGCUCCUUGGCCCAAAGACUUUCCUUCUAAUCUGGGGUUCUCUUUCUCACUAUUAUAGGGUCCCCUACCCCUUAAAAAUCCACAUGCAUUUGUUAUUCCCAUUCAUUUCCACACGGUUUCCCUUCCUCACCUUCCCAUAGGGAUUCUUUAAUCAUCUCAAAUUGUUUUUUUAUAUAUAGAAGAAAAAUUAAAUAUAUCCCAAAAAUAGUCUCUUUCUCCGGCCGGCUCCAUGAGUCACCGUGAACACCUUUCUCCGGCCGGCUCCAUGCCCCGGUCGCCCGCCGGUAAUGCUAGUUUCCCGAUCAUAACAGUUGCAAUUGUCGGAAUACUCGCGACGGGUUUAUUGCUGGUCAGCUACUAUGUUUUCGUGAUCAAGUGCUGCUUGAACUGGAACAGAGCAGACGGUCUCCUCCGGCGGCUGAGGAGCCGUCAGGGGAGCGCAGCCGACGGGCCUCUGCCCGUUCGGAAUCGCGGCCUCCGGGAGUCGGCCAUCCGGUCGAUCCCGGUGUUCUGCUACGGGGAGGAGCACGCGGCGGCGCGGGAAUGCGCCGUCUGUCUCGGCGAGUUUCAAGAAUCGCAGAAGCUGAGAAUCAUCCCGAGCUGCCGCCACUAUUUCCACGUCGACUGUAUCGACGUCUGGCUGCAGAGCAACGCCACCUGCCCGCUCUGCAGGACCGCCGUGUCCGCCGCAGUCCAAGAUCCGGUCUUGAUUCCUCGUACCAACCCCCAAGAUCCGAUCUUGACUCCCCGUACCGCCGCCGGCGACGAAGAUGACGAUCGCUGUGUCCCCGUCGUCGGAAUUCACGCGCAGGGUCGCCGGAAAGAUGAAGCGAACGGAGUUCGAGAAAGAAUUGUUCUUCAAUCUGGGGUGAAAAGGGCCAAGGAUCUGACCCAUGUUUCGAGCUUCGGGGACGAGUGGAUUGAAUCAAGAAACAGAGACGAUCGGUUCGGAAUCGCGCCCAUUCGGAGAUCUUUCUCCAUGAACUCCGCCGCCGACCGGCAGAUUUAUUCGGACGUUCAAGAAAUAGUUCAACGGCAGGGUUGUAUUCCGGCGGCCGGUGAUCAUCAUCUCAGUGAAGGCGGCGGCGGGAGCAGUAGCAGCAGGGUAAAAAGGUCAUUCUUCUCGUUUGGGCAGGGAUGGGGAUCAAGAAAUGCAGUUCAGCCUGUUGUUCUUUUUGAGCCUUGAUCUGUCAUAAUUUUCAUUCCAUUUUAAAAGUUUAUUACUUGUAGUAAUUUUUUUAUUUCUUAUUUUCCAAACAUGGAUCAUGCAAUUACUUCAGACAAUUAAUUGAAGGAAUGAGGGGUACAGAAAAUAUUAAUUGUGGGUAGAAUUUUUUUAUUUAUUUUUAAUGAGAGGGUGGGCCAGUGGUCUUCAAUUUUGACUUUUUUUGCCAUAGUGAAAGUCUAACCAAAUCUUAAACAAACAUUUUUAAUUUCU